AUGGAGCUCUCUCAGGCCUCGGGUGCCGCCACGUGCACGGCCGUCGUGGUGACGUCAGCGCUUGUCGCCGCAGGAGUCGCCGCGUUCUCCAGCGGAGCGCUCUCGCGCACUGCGGCCGUCGUGACUGCGGGCGGCGCGGGGAAGGAGGCUACUAAUUCCCGUUCCGACGCGGUUUCCACGAAAGCGUCGAAGGCGAUGGACGGCGUUGUGGCGUGGCUGCCCGCGGAGAUCGCCACGUCGCUCGACGACUUCCCCUUCUUCCUCAAGUCAGCUGCUUUCCCCUCCUGCCACUCGCCGGUGAUUUAUUUGCUAAGCAAGUCGUUGAAUCUGACUGAUGUUCGUGUGUCGUCUCGCAGCAAGAAGACGCGCGAGCUGCUCACGGCGUCGGCCGGGAGGACGUUCCUUCGCGAGGGCGCUUCGAAGCGGUCCCACUCCAUCACCGCGGAGCUGUGCAAGGGGCUCGCCAAGAAGUUCGACGCCGCCUUGUUCCUCCUCGAUGGCUCCUUCGUGCACCUGCUCUCGCAGAGCUCGUACUGGCGGGGUGCGUCGAGCAGCCGCAGCAAGCCCGCGAUCUGGACUGGAGGAUCGGGCUUCGCCUAUUUCACGGAGAAAGGGGAUGCAGCUGCCACGCUUCAGGCCAUCUCCAAGACCUCUCGUGCGCGCCCAGUGAUCUGCCUGGUGGCGAGCGCGGAUGGCUGUGCGGCAGCGCUGGCCCAGACCUUGGCGAAGCGGGUGGAGGGCCCCCAUGGCGUGCUCGUCGUUGCCUCCUGCACUGCUGGCUGCGAGGACGUGCAUGCAGCAUCUUACUCGGAUGUGCAAGUGUGCGCUCCCAAGGAGAGUGAGAAGGUGCGGGCGUGGGAGGCGAUGCUGAAGGAGCAGAGUCACUACAUGGUAUGCGAGCGGAACCUGCAGGCCAUCUUCCUGGCGCUCAAGGCCCGCAAGGUGACGUGGGACGAGGACGUUGCAGACGCGCGGUUCAACUUCACGGCCUCCCUUGCUCCCGAUGGGCGUGCAGAGGUUGAGGACAUGAUCAACAUGGCCCUGUCGGAGCAGAUGCUUGCCGGCCGCACCAACGCACAGCUGCACGUCACACGGGACAGGCUGGAGUAUUCUUUGAGUCUCUUCUUUGAUGAGGAUGGCGCGUGCCAUGAGAAGACGGCCGUCACCAACGGCCAGGUGGUGCAGGGCAAGGAGCCAGUGGCGGUGCACAAGGCCGUGCUGCGAGUUGGCAUCCCUAAGGCCGACGAGGGCGCAGGCUCCAAGGUGGGCACGCCCAGGGGCGAUGCGGUGAAGACGCCUAGGGCAGCGGAGGCACUUGCUGCCAAGGUCGCCUCUCCCAAGGUGGCCACGCCUAAGAAGCCAGCUCCAGCCCCUGCCCCGGCAGCGGCAUCUGUGGGGUUUCUUCUGCUGUGUGUGCCUGGGCAGGACGACAACGACUUUGAGAAGCGCAUUCGCCCGGAGAUCCUGGCGCCGGGGAGCAUUGGAGUGACGUUUGAGUCCAUCGGAGCGCUGGAGAGCGUGAAGGAGUCGCUGAGGGAGCUGGUGCUCGUGCCGCUCAAACACCCCGAGAUCUUCAACAAGGGCGGCCUGCUGCAGGCGUGCAAGGGCAUUCUGCUGUUUGGUCCACCGGGCACGGGCAAGACGAUGCUGGCCAAGGCGGUGGCCACCGAGUGUGGGGCGAGCUUCAUCAACGUGUCCAUGUCCACCAUCACCUCCAAGUGGUUCGGCGAGGAUGAGAAGAACGUGAGGGCGCUCUUCACCCUGGCGGAGAAGGUGGCGCCCACCGUCAUCUUCAUUGACGAGGUGGACAGCAUGUUGGGGCAGCGCAAGGGGGCGGGGGAGCACGAGGCGAUGAGGAAGAUAAAGAACGAGUUCAUGACGCACUGGGACGGGCUGGUCUCCAAGGCGGGCAGCCGUGUGCUCGUGCUGGCCGCCACCAACCGCCCCUUCGACCUCGACGAGGCCAUCAUCCGCCGCUUCCAGCGCCGCAUCAUGGUGGGGCUGCCAGACACGGGCAACAGGGAGCUCAUUCUGCGCUCCAUCCUCAAGCACGAGCACGUGCACGCUGACGUGGACUACCGUGAGCUUGCGCAGCUCACUGAAGGCUUCUCUGGAAGUGACCUGAAGACUCUCUGCACUGCGGCAGCUUAUGGCGUAUUGAGGGAGGCGCUUGCAGCAGCAGAUGGCAGUGCUAGCGAGGAGGCAUUGGAGCUGAGGCCGCUGACGUUGGAGGACUUCCGUGAGGGCAAGAACCAGGUGUCGGCCAGUGUGGCUGGUGAGGCGCAAAGCAUGCAAGAGCUCAAGGAGUGGAAUAACCUCUAUGGGGAGGGUGGGAACCGAAAAAAGGCUACUCUUUCGUACUUUCUGUGA